GCGAGAGCCGGGUACGGCUCCAUGUCAAGGUGGGCUUAGUGCUCCGGGAAGGGGUGUAGUGUUUUAAAGGAGGCAAGACAGGAGACACGAAGUUUAAGAGGACAAACUAAACUAUAUCAUUAAUCAUGCCUGCUAAAAACAAAGAAGAGGGUGGAUGGAAGAAGUUUUUAUGGAAUUCGGAGACGAAGGAACUUCUUGGACGAACAGGCAGCAGUUGGUCAAAAAUUAUCCUGUUCUAUCUCGUCUUCUACGGUGUCCUGGCUGGGAUUUUCAUUGGCACCAUCCAGGUUCUCCUCCUCACCUUGAGCGAUUACAAACCCACCUGGCAGGACAGAGUAGCCCCUCCAGGACUCGCCCAUUACCCUCGCUCGGACAAGGCAGAGCUGAUCUUCUCCCCAGAUGACGUCGAAACGUACCUGAAAUACACCAAAUCCAUGAGAGAAUUUCUAGCAGCUUAUGACCCUGAAAAACAGCAGGACCAAAUGAAGUUUGAAGACUGUGGAGAUCAGCCUCUGGACUACAAGAACAGAGGUGAUUUAGAGAGUGACAUUGGUCCGAGGAAAGCCUGUCAGUUCCAGAGAUCUUGGCUAGGGCCCUGCUCUGGUUUGGAGGACCGUAACUUUGGAUUUGCUGAUGGGAAGCCCUGCUUGAUUGUUAAGCUCAACAGGAUUGUGAACUUCAGACCAAGGCCACCAACAUCAAAUGAAAGCAUUCCAGCAGAGGCUCAACACAAAGUCCAAGCGAAUGUGAUUCCCCUACACUGCACAAACAGGAAAGAAGAAGAUGCAGGUAAGCUACGCGAGGUGAGGUACUACGGUAUCCAAGAAGGCUUCCCCCUUCAGUAUUACCCCUACUACGGGAAGAAACUGCACGAGCACUAUCUGCAGCCGCUGGUGGCCAUCCAGUUCGUCAACAUAACGCGGAACGAGGAGAUCCGCAUCGAGUGCAAAGUCUUCGGGGACAACAUUUAUUACAACGACAAGGAUCGCUACCAGGGACGAUUUGAUAUUAAAAUCGGUGUCAAGUCAUGACCUCUGAACUAGUGUACGUGCGCUCUCUCCCUAUUUAAAGGCAAACUAUGGCCCCUGUUCUGACUUGAGAUACGAAGAGAUGUUUGUGUCUCACCGGUCUUCCACAGCGUUUAACGGCGGGAUGUUUUUUUUCGAAUGUAUACGAGUGUCUCAUGUCAGAAAGUGGCCUCAUUGUAGUUUAGGAGAGAUACAUAAUUUAAAAAAAAAAAAAUUUGAAGAAAAAAACGAAUAUUUAAAAACACUAGUCUAAAACGUACCAUCUUAUACAUGUGGGACCUAACAUUGUCUGUACUCUUUACUUCGCUUUUUACUACCGCUACCAGUCUAAGGGUUAGAACGUACUGUAUACACCUGGAAGCUUAGCCAUAGCGUAGGAUAUUUAUUCCGCUAGCGAAUGAAAACUGUCCGUGAUCAAAAGGGGCAUGUUUGUUUUACUGUAAAUGACAUUUUUCCAGUGUAGCCAGCACUGUUUUGUCCCUCUUGUAUUGUAUUGCUGCCUGUGUGAUUCCCUUAUAUUUAGUAAGUGCACAGUAGUCGCAUAUGUAGGUCGUCUAAAGCCAUGCCAAGUGUGUGAUUUAGCUUCAUUGUCAAACAUGCCUACGUAUGUGUAUAGUUAUUUAACGGAAGCACACCGGACUCUUAUAUCAUUGCCUUUCGGGGGUAUCGAUGUUUUCUCUCUGCAUCUUUUAGGUGUGGUAGGUGGGUAUUUAUAACUUUCUUUUCUUGAGAAUCACUACAAUGUAGGGAAGAUUGUUCUUCUAUUUAAUUCUUGUCGUUCACUCGUCGCUUUUAUUUGUACGACUUUAAUUUUUUUAUUCGUCUUUGUAUCGACGACAUCACGUGGUGCGGUUGACUAUUCUUAAGCGUUCUGUUCUUGCACAUGCUCCCUUUUUGCAGAAAUCGUCAUGAAUGUUUUCAAAUGCCAAAGCCAUUAAGAUUAUUCUAGUUUCUGUCAAAAGAAAUGCAAUACCCCGUCCGUUGGGAUCCUCUUUAGGUGUGCGCAGUCAGUGUAAACCAUCAGAAAUGUCAAAUUUCACGAGUCCCAUGUUGAAACUAAACUGGAAUAGACUAACCAAAAUAAAGUUGAGCCUCUAAAGUU